AUGGAUGAACAAUCGAGCUCAUCACUCUGCAAGGUGUGCUCCUCGUUCCAAGCGCACGGCCUUCAUUUUGGCGUGCUUUCGUGUCGGGCAUGUGCUGCAUUUUUUCGGCGAACUGUAGUCAAUGAAUCUCAUCGAAAGUUCAAAUGUCGUUCUGGAGCGAAGAACACAUGUUCCGUUUCGAACUAUAAAAAAUUCCAUUGCCGCUUGUGUCGCUUUAAAAGAUGUGUCAAUCUAGGCAUGACCCCAGAUAAUGUUCAAUACAAUCGAGAUGUGCCGUUCCGGAAGUGCAAGAAUGAUGAUAGUUCGGAUGAAAGUCAAGAAGCAUCUUCGGAACAAAAUAGUCCUUGGAAACGUCCGGAUGUCAAUUCGAUAUAUGACACUACCAUGUUAAGAAAUAAGAUUAAAUUUAUAUUGGAAAAGGAAAACCCACUCCUUGGAAAACCACAUCUAGAAAACUUGAAUCCUCUUAUGAGAAUGGAAUAUGCGCUUCGACAGUGGAGGAAAAGACAAAAACCCGUCGAAAAGCUGAAAUUCUUGAAAGGAAUUACUAUUAUAAAACUUUUGGAAUUAUUUGAGCCGCUGAUGUUGGUUGUUGCCAAAUGGCUUAUUUACGAUGAACAUUUUCGGAAAUUGACUUUCGAUCAAAAAUUCAAUUUUUUCAAACUCGUUUGGAACAUUUGGCACAAAAUCGAAAGAAGUGAUAUGUCGAUUCAAGUAUUUGGACAACGAGUGUUCACUGAAAAAUUGAGUUUAUUUAGCGAUAUAUAUACGACUCGUGAUGGGGAAUUUCGAAUUGAUUACAGUGCUGUUUCGGACAAUUCCAACGAUGAAAUAAACAAAAUGUUCCGUGGUUCAAUGGAAAAAAUGAUGGGCAUUCUGACGUCUCGAUUUAAUGAAUUGAAGCCAACAUCAGUGGAAAUAACAUACAUUUUGUGUCAAAUGGUUUGGACAUUAGCUGGAAAAGGGAUUGGAGGAGAAGUUGCUGAAAUUGCGGAUAAAGCAUGCGAAGAAUAUGCGAACAAUAUUCAUGAUUACUACGUUAGCCAAAACCAAAACAAUUAUGCUCAUCGAAUAAUUCCGUUUAUGAAUAUUAUUAAAGAUGUUAAGAUAUUAAAUAAAGGAUUUAAAAGAAUACAAAUGAGCUCAUCGUCGAAAGAUUCGGCACUUUGCAAAGUGUGCUCGACGUCUGCUCACGGCCUUCAUUUUGGAGUGCUUUCGUGUCGAGCGUGUGCUGCAUUUUUCAGACGAACAGUAGUUCUAGAUUGUGCAAAGAAAUACAAAUGCCGCGGUGGAAAGGCAAAAUGCUCUGUUAGUAGCACUGAAAGAUAUCAAUGUCGUCUUUGUCGAUUCAACAAGUGCGUUUCACUGGGAAUGACACCAGAUAUUAACAUUGCAUUCGAAACUCGUGUACGAUACAUCGCCGUUAGCAAAGCAAAUCAGAGCGAUAUUAGAUCAUCCGAAAAUCAUGAUUUGGCAAAGCUGAAUCCGCUCAUGAAAAUGGAAUAUGGCCUGCGGAAAUGGAGAGAGCAGCAAAGACCGGCUGAUCAACUUGAAUUUAUUAAAACUAUGAAAGUGCGUAAACUUUUAACAGUUUUUGAGAGGCACAUGCAUAUUGUUGCUGAUUGGCUCGUUCAUGAUGAUCACUUUCGAAGGCUUUCGUCGGAGGAUAAAUAUUUGUUUUUCAAAAUUGUUUGGAAUGUGUGGAGUAGGUUCGAACGCUGCGAUAUGACUGUUCGAAUAUUUGGAAGAAAAGGCGUUGAAGACAAUUUGCUUAUUUUGAAUGAUUCGCUUAUUUGUCGUCGUCAACAAUUCACGGUAGAUUUCAGCGAAAUUACCGAUGUUCCAAGCGAACAAAUUUCACGAAUGUUGACCACCACAAUGGAAAAUAUAAUCGGAAGACUUUUUUCAUCGUUAAUUGAGCUCAAACCAUCAUCAAUCGAAGUUACUUAUAUGCUUUGCCAAAUUUCUUGGAUUAUCGCAGGCAAAAUAAUUCAAGGAAACGUCGCAAACGUUUCGGACGCAGUUUGCGAUGAAUAUGCGAAUAACUUUCAUGAAUACUAUGCAACUCAAGAAAAACGACCAAACUAUGCUUCUCGUUUAAUAAAAUUGAUGGCAAUUGUUAAUGAUACACAGAAACUUCACAUGGAGCGAAAAAAGAUAUUAGAGCUGGCCAAAUUGUUUGAAAUCUUCAAAGUCGAAUUCUCCGAACCCGAUAUAUUUGAAUGUUGA